GCUAGUUGAGGCAGCCGCAGCGCAGAUAUUAGUGAAAGGUUGAGGAAAGGAGGCGUUGCGGAAGAAAUCCGAGAGAGAAGGUGAAAUGGGGAGUCAAUUGCUAUGGAAAUGGCAUAUCGGUUUGGGAUAUCAUAUGGUUCGUUCAUGUUCUUCCUUUUAUAAUUAUCCUUUUUCUUCAUCAUCACCAAGCUUAGUCUUUCAUAAAGCUUCUUGCCCAACCCCACCACUGAGAAUUUUAGGAACGGGAAGGGGAAGAGGAACUACGUGGGUGUGCUCGCAGCAAGAGCAACGAUAUACAUAUGAGACAGCUAAUAAUAACCGGAACAAUGAUGAUGAUGGUGAUAAGAAGGCGUAUGGGAAUUGGAAGGGGAAGGAAUACCUGGAAAUGACGGACCAGGAGCUGAUGAGGCAGUGCGAAAUGGACACCUUUAAGGCCUCGGGCCCCGGUGGUCAGCACCGCAACAAGCGAGAGUCCGCCGUCCGUCUCAAGCACCUACCCACCGGUCUAAUUGCUCAGGCUGUUGAGGAUCGAUCGCAGCACAUGAACCGCGCUUCAGCUUUAGCGCGCCUCCGUACUCUCUUGGCACUUAAUGUGAGGAGCAGUGUGGACCUUGAGGCUUAUUCACCACCUCCGGAACUCCUUCGGAUUCUUCCUCCUAAGUCCACCGUCAGACCCUCCGACACUGGUCCCCAGAUUGGACCAAACAACCCCAAAUACCUUUUGGGAAUGCAAGCUCUGUUGGAUGUAGUUUUUGCAGUUGAGGGUUCUGUCGCAGAAGCGGCCAAGUUUCUUGGCUUAAGCACAGGUGCACUAUCACGCUUAAUACUCGCCAAUGAUUCUCUUCGAAUGGCCGUCAAUGAGCUGAGGACUUCUAAGGGUAUGAAGCCUCUCAAGUAGGAGUUCUUGGAUGCAAAUUGCACAUGUCAGGUAUAUUUGUUCUGUUAUUGCCUUAAAAAAAUUGCAAGCCUCUUUUUUACUCUAAUUACUGUGCGCAUUGACACUUAAGCCUGUACAAGCAGCGAGAGGCUACAUUCGGGUACUCGUUUUGCCUCCAGUCUCUUGCACUUACCCUCUUGAAAUUAGUCUAUAUCCAAAGCCAAAGUAUACUUUUAAAGGGCUGCGCAACCUCUUGGUGUUUGACACAAGGAAUUGUCUCCAAAUAUCAGAAGCUGACAGAUGUGAGCAGCUCAGUAUGCAUUCGAUUGAUUUACAAGGUAGUUGGCCGAAUGACUUGGUGAUUUUGUUCCUGCCCAGGCAAAGCUGCAUAUGCUAAUAAACUACGACACGGGUAGCUGGGUUUGUUUUAAAGAUGGUGCUAUAUCCGAGUCAGAGUCUAUACAUUGGUCAUUCUAGUAAUUAAAAUUCCCAAAAUGUAUAUUAGACAUCAUUGUUUGAUCUGUUUGUGCUUUCUAGGGACAAUAUAGUGGGACUAUGCUGCUAAUACCAACUCAAGUAUAUAGUGGAUAAUGGCUAGAAUAUAAUAUGGCAAAGCAUUUAUUCUUUGGUUUUUCCCCUC